UGCUUCCGCGGGAAGCGCCGCCCCUCGCGCAUGGCGGCGCCCGGGUGUCCCUGAGCGGAGCGAGGGGAGCGGCGGCCGCCCGGCGCUGUGGUGGGUCCGGCUCCCCAUGGCGCUGAGCAGCCGCCUGCUGCUGGCGGCCGGCGGGCUCCGUGCAGCGGGUGUUCGUUUUGCAUCAACUACAGCCAGUGUCAAAACUGAGACUGAAGUGGACACAAGUGAAAAUGAGGUUGUUGCCCCAAACUUCACUAAUAGAAAUCCCCGGAACUUGGAGCAGAUGGCCCUGGCUAGGAAGGAGCGUGGCUGGAAGACAACAUGGCCAAAGCGUGAGUUCUGGCACAGAUUACGGCUUGAGCGGACACAGCAUUACGUAGAAGCUUUUGUCGAGCGCUCCAAUGGGGAUGUUGUGCUAUCUGCCUCUACCCGAGAGUGGGCCAUAAAGAGACACUUGUACAGUCCCAAGGGAGUGGCUGCAUGCAGAAACCUUGGCCGUGUAAUGGCACAGCGCUGUUUGGAAGCAGGAAUCAACUUCGUGAACUUUAAAGCCAUUAUCCCCUGGGAACACCGUUGUGACUCGAUUCAGGAAUUUGAGAAAGCUAUGAAGGAGGGUGGUGUUGUUCUGCAUGAGCCACGAAGAAUCUACCAAUAAAAUGGAGAUCGUUGGGAAGACUUUCCAAGGAACAAGGAUUUCUUCUUUAGGUUUGUGUAUUGGCAAAGGGAAGGUCCAGAGCUGGAAAAAGUUGGAAUGUGACUUCUUAUAAUAAAAUAUUUUCACAUGGA